GCUCUAUUGGAAUCCGGUGGCGGCAGGAGAAAUGGAUACAGAGGAAGGUCAGCCCCUGCAGGGUUCCAAGGAGCAGAAGAAGAAUUGGCAGCAAUCUACUGGGCAUCAUCCCAUCACAGACAACUAUCUAAGGUAAAUGUUUCCCUUACCUUAUGGAGAGGAAGGACUUUGAAGCAUGGCUUGAAAACCUCUCCGCCACGUUCCUCUCGCUGACGGACUUGCAGAGAAAUGAAGCGUUGGAUGACCUGAUCUCCUUGAGCGGGGCCGCUCAGCUCAGGCACCUCUCCAACAGCCUGGAGACCCUCCUCAAGCGGGAUUUCCUGAAGCUGCUCCCGCUGGAGCUGAGCUUCUACUUGCUGAAAUGGCUGGACCCUCAGACCUUACUCACGUGUUGCCUCGUCUCUAAGCAAUGGAACAAGGUCAUAAGUGCCUGUCUGGAGGUCUGGCAGGCGGCCUGCAGGAACCUGGGCUGGCAGAUCGACGACUCUGUUCAGGACGCCCUGCUCUGGAAAAAGGCCUACUUGAAGGCCGUCUUGCGGAUGAAGCAGUUGCAGGACCACGAAGCUUUUGAGACCUCCUCCUUGAUCGGACACAGUGCCAGGGUGUAUGCGCUGUAUUAUAAAGAUGGACUCCUUUGUACAGGUUCAGAUGACCUAUCGGCCAAGCUGUGGGACGUGAGCACGGGGCAGUGCAUCUACGGCAUCCAGACCCACACCUGUGCGGCGGUCAAGUUUGACGAGCAGAAGCUGGUCACCGGCUCGUUCGAUAACACGGUAGCCUGCUGGGAGUGGAGCUCGGGAGCCAAGACGCAGCAUUUCCGAGGCCACACGGGGGCAGUUUUCAGCGUGGAUUACAACGAUGAUCUGGAUAUCCUGGUCAGUGGCUCAGCGGAUUUCACUGUGAAAGUGUGGGCCUUAUCGACAAGCGUCUGCCUCAACACGUUGACUGGACACACGGAGUGGGUCACAAAGGUGGUCUUACAAGAGAGUAAAGUCAAAUCCCUCAUGCACAGCCCUGGCGAUUACAUUCUUUUAAGUGCGGAUAAGUAUGAAAUCAAGAUCUGGCCAAUCGGAAGAGAGAUCAACUGCAAAUGUUUGAAGACCCUGACAGUUUCCGAAGACCGCAGCAUCUCUUUGCAGCCUCGACUUCACUUCGACGGGAAGUACAUUGUGUGCAGUUCGGCAAUCGGAUUGUACCAGUGGGACUUCGCCAGCUACGAUAUCCUCAGGGUUAUCAAACCACCCGAAUUUGCAAACCUGUCCUUGCUGGGCUUUGGUGACAUUUUCGCCCUCCUGUUUGAUAACCACUACCUGUACAUCAUGGACGUGAGGACAGAAAGGUUGAUCAGCCGUUGGCCGCUGCCGGAAUACCGGAAGUCGAAGAGGGGUUCAAGCUUCUUGGCCGGAGAAAUGGCUUGGCUGGAUGGCUUGGACGGUCAAAACGAUCUGGGCUUGGUAUUUGCCACCAGCAUGCCCGACCACAGUAUCCACCUGGUUUUGUGGAAGGAACAUGGCUGAACUCAAGCUGACGGACUCCGGGAUACGUGGCUUUUUAUAUAUAU